AUGGAUCCAGCACCUCCCGAUAGUAAACGUCCGCGCCUCUCUUCGUGGCCCGUCGGCACACCUCAACAAGGAGUAUCAUUACCACAUCCUCACGCUCAUCAACUUCCACCGCCGCCGCCUCCGCCUCCGCCCGGCGCUCUGCAUCAUCCUCCUCAUCCUCCCCCGAGCCCGUAUCAGCAUUACCCUCCGCGACCUAUCGAACACUCUUCAGCUCCGCCGACGCCUUCUCACGCUGCGCCCGCGCAACCGCAUCACGAACCCGAUCGUCGCCAUCAUGAGCCAGAGCCCUAUCCUCCUGUUCAAGAGUACCACCGGCCGCAACAUCCACACCAACAUCCGCAGCAGCACCCGCAGCAGCACCCGCAACAACACCCACAACAACACCCACAACAACACCCACAACAACACCCACAUCAGCAUUCGCAGCAGCAUCCACAGCAGCACCCGCAGCAGCACCCGCCUCUGCCUCCGUCGCCGGCGCAUCCAGCGCAUCACCCAUACCCGCCCUACGGUCCAAGAGAUCCUCCGAUAAAACGAGACCCUGCUGAGGAUCAACGCCGUCCUAACUCGACGGGCCAUGCGCCCGAAGGCAUGUCGUCAACGCCACAUCUCCCGCCGACUUCGCUUCCACCACCUCCGCCGCCUCCUGGCGCAUACUCGGAUAACUCGCGACACAUGAAUUACGACAGUGCGCCUUCCAUGCCCCCGACCCCGGGUGGCUACCGCGCACCUAGCUACCCCCCACCGACUCCUGUACAGCAUCAGGCACCGUACGAGCAACAUGGAGGCUACGCCUCAGGCCAUGAGCCAUUCUACAGCGUGUACUCUUCGUCAGUCCCUGCCAAGAAGAAGAAUACGCGAGCUUCCCAGGCGUGUGAUAGCUGCCGGCAGCUGAAGGCUAAGUGCGACGAGACCAAACCAUGCAAGACCUGCAAAGAAAAGGGCGUGGAAUGCAAGUACCGCGACCCUGUUCCCAAGGCUACGGACAAGGCCCAGGCCGAUAUUCUGGAUAGUCUCAGCAAUGUUCAGAGCUCACUUCAUAACAUCCUCUCGCAUAUGGGACGAUUUGAUCAGAGGAUGGUCAAGUUGGAAACAAUUUUACCAAAGCAUGUUGCGGCGUCAACACUGAAGACCGAACCCUCGAUCGAGGAGGAGUACAAGCGAGCGCCGGCAUCACCCUAUGUAGCCAAUGGCGCCUCUACGGACCCUUACUAUACCGACCCUCACCGCGAUCAUCCGUCAUCUGAACCUAUGCCACUACGCAUGAUGGCCGAAGACGAGAUGGAGGUUGAGCCUGGCCCACCCGUACCCCCUGGAGAGCCAGCCAUUCCUAUCAAUCAUACCACUUUGGCGGGUCUGCUUUUAGAAUGGCCCUCAGUUCGCGAAUUGACAAAACAUCACAUUGAGCGAGAAGGAAUUCGAUACAUCAGCGAGUAUCCUAUUAGCCAGGAACAGAACCGAGGAGUAUUGAUUGUUUAUGGACGAGGUGAAGAUUCUCAUCCAUCACGACACGUUCGAGAACCCACCGACCAUGGCAACCUGGAUAUGGCUGAUGAUUCAUCGGACAUGGCAUCUCCUUCGCCAGCGGCUGAUUGGGGACAGCUAGGUGGACUUAGCCCUCCUGAUCAAGUAGAAUACAAGGGUGGUGUUCUCGCCUUCGAUGGAAACCCCGACUUUUCAGAGUCGAAAGUAUGGGCUUAUGUCGAGAGUUUCAAGGAAAAUAUCCUCAACAUGCACCCGAUCAUUCAGCCCAAGCUUCUGGAUUAUUGGGUCAGACACUUUUUGGAUAAUCUCCCGGCCUCUCAUCCGCGCUCCGCAAAGCCUCAGACAUCCAAGCCUACAUUUGCUGUAGGAGGAGGUUCGCAGACGCCGGAAGCUGCAGGUUCAAAAAGGAAGCGAUCGCCAGGGCCGGAUGGUUCCGAGCCACCCACACCCGCGCCACAACGUGCUGGCCGACCCGAUCGGUCCAUCCACAGCGCUUUGGUUCUCACUGUUCUAGCUCUGGGCAAGGUCUGCCUGCAUCGUGAUAAUGUACCCGAUGUCGUUCACUCUACCGAGCCACUUCCGCAUGGUAGCCCAGCCAUCCGCAACGGAGCCAUUCCACCCUCACCCAAUCAAGGCUCCCCUCCUGGAUACUCAUCCCACUCGCACUCCUCAGGCCUACCGUCGCCCAAGGAGCAGGAACGAAAUAUACAUAGUCGCCGAUCUUCAAUUCAUGGCGUGGGUGGAUUUCGCUCCGGCUACAGCCUAAAGAAGAACUAUGAGGUGAUCCCUGGCUUGGAGUAUUUCGCCUAUGCUACAGAUAUUCUUGGAAAUCACCUCGGCGCAUACAACAACAUGAAGAAUGUCUAUGCCAACAUCUUUGCUGGAUUGUAUCAUGGUCAGCUAGGAAGACCGAUGGAAAGCUUUGCUUUUAUUCACAAAGCUAGCCACAAACUGCAGGUCAUCAUGAGACCGAGCUUGGAUAAGAUGAGAAGAAUCAAGCGUAACAGCGAAUUUAUCCAGGAGACCAAGUACAACCAGCUUGCUCUGACUUUCUGGACCUGUCUGCAGCUUGAGAGUGAUCUCAUUGCUGAGAUGCAGCUUCCACCUUCGGGGUUGCUCUCUUAUGAGGAUGACAUGCCCCAUCCCAAUAUGAGCCUCUUGGAGGGCUUCAACCAACGCAUUCUGGACAGUUAUCCUGGCCAACUGUAUCUGCGAACUCACCUGAACAGCAUCCAUCGAAUGUUUUAUGCGCCUGAAGACCCCGCCAAGGCAGGCAAGGACAAGUUCAGAAAUGUUGGAGUCGUAUCUGACGCCGUCUCCGGCAUGCACUGGGUUGCACCAAGCUUCGCAUUCCGUGAGGACGACCCCCCAGCCGACGAUAUAUUGGCUGCAAGAUUGCGGGCCAAGUACUGGGGCGCUCAGGUUAUUACCUAUCGUCCGUUCAUUCGACAGAUUCUUCAGUUCUCUCACUCAAUCAAGAACCACGCUUCGAGCCCCAACUUCCCCAGCGUCAGCUCGGAAUUCCGACAGGACGUGACUGCGCCGGUCAUCCACCCCAAAGCUAGGACAAUUGGAGAUAUCGACCCCCAGGUAGUCGAGUUGGCUAAGAAGGGCAUCAAGGCGCUUAUCGAGAGUACUCGCGCCUUCCAUGGUUUAGGAGAUAAGAGGCCGAUCAUCACAAACAUUUUUGGUACUGCCCAUGCUCAAUGGGGUAACCUUUUGGUCCUUUCGGCUGCUUUCCGCGACCCUGUACUUCACAGCUAUGUGGAUGAGGAACUGCUGCGAACUUUGUUCCACAAGACAAUCCAGUUCUUGCGACAGUCAGCAACAGCAACAAGUGCACUUCGAACGGAUAUGCACAUUCUCGAAGGACUCCAGAGAGACCUCUUCAGCUAUGAUCCCAGGACUAACUCGAGCUUCUCGAGCGGCACAAGCGCACCGGGCUACCACACCCCAAGACCCGUUGCGAUGGCUGCACCGCCACAGAUGCCUCAUUCACUGAGCGAUCAAGGACACCCACGUUCUAUGCCUCAUCAUCUUCAGAUGACGUCGCAUGGACAGUAA